CACUGCUCCUGCCUGCUCCUCUCCUCCCGUGCACCACCGUCUGCAGAAGUCCGACCCAGCACUGCUCACAGCAAGAUGAAAACCAACCUGGAGCUCGCCUUGGAGUGCGCUGUCAACGUCUACCACCAGUACGCCAUGAAGCGCCCCAUAGAUGACUACCUGAGCAAGACUGAGUUCUCAAAGCUGCUGAAGGAAACUGCCCAGCCCUUCCUCUACAACACCGUGCCGCCUAACACGUCCAUCGAUGACUACAUCAGCAAGCUCUUUGCCAGAGCAGACAGAAACCAUGACGGUCGCCUGAAGUUCACCGAGUUCCUGACCACGCUGAACCUCGUAGCCAUUGAUGCCCACAAUAGGUCCCACCAGGGUCACAGGACCCAUGACCACCACGUAGAUGCUGGUCAUGGCCAUGACCAUGGUCCUUCCAAGUGAAAUGGUUCCCAGGGUGACUGUGCCCAUGGGACUGUGCUCUUCCAGCAUCAUCAUCCCUUCCAUUUGCCUGCAAGCACAGACAAACCUGUAACCAAAUCUUUGUCAUCUGCUUCUGCCUAUGGCACUGAAAUAAAA